UCGGACCUGAUGCAGAGUCACUGAUUCCGAUCUCAAGUUUCUCUCUUUUCUAUGUCUGUUUGAUUUCAUAUACACACACAUACAUCGAUACAUACAAAUCUUCGUUUUUGUUUUCAAAUCAAUCAAAUGUCUGGAAUUUGGAGAUGGAGGAAUCUAAAGUCUCUAGCUUUACAUGCUCGUUCCAUUUCACCUGUUCCCAAUCUCUAUUCUCCGCAAUUGGGUUCAUCGUCUCGCCGUCGUAUUCAAGAACGAUUCAAAUCGGAACAAGGCGGCGGAGGAGGAGGAGCCGGAGGAGAUGAUUUUCCGGUACCUGUAACUCGUCGGAAGUUAAGAGCAGAGCCGAAUUGUCCUCGUUGCUCAAAACAAAUGGAUCUUCUCUUCUCAAAUCGUCAAUUCCCAUCUUCUAAUCUUCUUCAACGUCCUGAUGAUUCAGAUUCCUCCGGCGCCGGAGAUAAAACCAAUUUCCAGUCUGUGAAUUUCUGUCCGACUUGUAAAACAGCUUAUGGAUUCAACCCUCGUGGUGUCUCUCCUCUUCAAGGAACAUUCAUUGAGAUCGGUCGUGUUCAAUCUCCAACCAAUGCUGCUACUUCCAAAUCUACAAGGAAACAACAACAUUCAAAAGAUCUAAAUCAAGGAUUCAAUUACAGAAACAAGCUUAGAUCUUCCUUUUGGGAUACACUUAGAUCUUACGGUGCUGAGCCACCUGAGGAUUGGUCUCCUCCUCCUCCUCCUCCUCCGUCUCAUCCUUCUUUGAACUCUUCUCCUCCUACUACCAUUCCUGUGAAUGCUUCUCCUACUAAUGACGUUAGUCGAUGGGGUGGAGCUAGUCUUGGCAGAGACUUUCCUACUCCAAAGGAAAUUUGUAAAUGGCUUGACAAAUUCGUUAUUGGUCAAAGCCGUGCUAAAAAGGUGCUCUCUGUCGCUGUGUAUAACCAUUACAAGAGAAUUUAUCAUACCUCUAUGAAGAAAGGGUCAGCAGAACAACCAAUUGAUGAUGACGAUAAUGUAGAAUUAGAUAAGAGCAAUGUUCUCUUGAUGGGGCCUACUGGCUCUGGGAAGACAUUACUCGCAAAGACUUUAGCUCGGCUUGUAAAUGUUCCUUUUGUCAUUGCUGAUGCAACUACACUGACUCAGGCUGGUUAUGUUGGUGACGAUGUUGAAUCAAUCCUUCAUAAGCUACUAACGGUCGCUGAGUUCAACGUGCAAGCAGCACAACAGGGAAUAGUCUACAUCGAUGAAGUUGAUAAGAUAACAAAGAAGGCUGAGAGUUUAAACAUUAGCCGAGAUGUUUCUGGGGAAGGUGUUCAACAGGCACUUUUGAAAUUACUGGAAGGCACUAUCGUAAAUGUUCCAGGGAAAGGUGCAAGGAAGCAUCCGCGGGGUGACCAUAUACAGAUAGACACAAAAGAUAUCCUCUUUAUCUGUGGAGGAGCAUUUGUUGACCUUGAGAAGACCAUUGUGGAUAGACGGCAAGACUCAUCAAUUGGUUUUGGAGCUCCUGUUCGUGCCAACAUGGCUACCAGUGGAGUGACAAGUGGUGCAAUAACUUCAUCUUUGCUAGAAUCGGUCGAGAGUGCCGAUCUGACAGCAUAUGGUCUUAUACCGGAGUUUGUAGGACGCUUUCCCAUAUUAGUUAGUUUGUCAGCUCUGACAGAGGACCAGCUCAUUCGGGUGCUUGUAGAACCCAAAAAUGCUCUUGGGAAACAGUACAAGAAACUAUUUAGCAUGAACAAUGUAAAGCUGCAUUUUACUGAGAAAGCGCUGGAGAUAAUUUCCAAGCAAGCAAUGGUGAAGAAUACAGGUGCGAGGGGACUAAGAGCCUUACUUGAAAGCAUUCUCACCGAAGCCAUGUUUGAGAUUCCAGAUGAUAAAAAGGGAGAUGAAAGAAUCGACGCGGUUAUAGUAGAUGAGGAAUCAACAAGCUUAGAAGCAUCUCGUGGAUGCACAGCAAAAAUACUGAAAGGAGACGGGGCUUUUGAGCGUUACCUCAGCGAGAACAAGUCGAAAGAUGCUACAGAACCAAUGGUUGACGAAAGAGUAGGCUCGGCGAGAGCAAUGAGAUUGUAAAGAGAAUGAGAAAAGAAGGGUCAUAACAUGAAGAGUUUUUUUGAUUAUUUGUAAAGAACAAUAGCAUUCAUAAAAGUGCAAGAGGAAUUAUCCACUUUGUACAAUAAAUUGUUAGCUUACAG